CGUCAGCAACACAUGGAUAAUAUUGUUGUCAUAUCGUUUAGCUGAACAUCAAUAAAUAACAAUAACUAAUUAAUAAAACAUAAUAAUUAAUAUAAAAACAAAAAUUGUUAACAGUUCGAAAGUUUAUAAACACGUAAAGACGUCUGCUUAUUUCGUAUUGAAAUGAAUCUUUUUGUUGUACCGGUCGUGUAUGCGACUGUGGUUUUUUUAACAGUGAUGGUGUGUGGUGAACAAACUAGAGAAGUGUACAUGGAGAAACACGGUAAAGUUCAAGAUCUAGAAACCUCAGCUUCGGGAUACAUAUAUAGGACGGAUGGGCAGAACCCUCCGAUAUUCAUUAAGCUCGGAGAAGGCAACAAUGAAAACUUCAAUGCCAUAUUGGAAGAUUUCAAAAAGGAAAAUGGCUUUCACGGGAUGCCUGUGGUCAGUAAUAAACACGCGUCGCCAUACCACAUACCGGUCGUCGGCGAGGAGAGGGAUGUGCACUACAACAGCGGUCGCAGCAUCGACGGCGGCGGUUACAACCAACCGAGUUCUCGUUUCGGAAACCCGAUGGCAGACGACUUUGACGGCGGGAAGUACGGGCUGGAUGACGCGGACGACUCGGCGGCGCCAAUUUCAGACAUCGGUGGCUAUAAUUUUGAUCACGACGAUCUCGGCGACGCAUUUGACUUCAGCCCGUCACCGUUCAAGUACCAUCGUGACGUGUCCACCGACGGCCUAAAAGGCGACGCGCACGGACUCGACGAUCAGAACUAUUUCGGUUCGCCUUACACCCACAAUGAGUACAAGUCGCCGAGCAAACACUCAAAGGCUGGCGGUUCGUACCAAAAGGCCGGCCAUUACUUCUCGCAGGGCACACUGGGUAACAGCGGCUACAAGAACCAGCACGACUUUGACAAGGGCCACGCCGGAAAGUACGGCAAGGACGACCUGAAGAGCCACUACAAGAAGGCGUCCGGCCACAGCAACGGUCACAAGAACGAGGCGGACCACUACGGCAAGCACAAGAGCGGCACUCACGGAGUCAAAGGCCACAAGUUCGGCGAGACCGAGCAUCACAAGAAGGGGCACAAGACGACCGGGUUCCACAACGUGUACCACAAGGACGAGUACAAUAAGGAACAGAAGUUCUACGACGACGCGCACAAGCACGGCAAGUUCGACAAGUACGGUGGCAAGCACAAGGACUUUUCUCAGAAGGAAGGCGGCCACAAGCACGGCACGCACCACGAUUCGGGCUACGAUGAAGCGCACAAGGGCACAGCCGGCCAGUUUGAGAAGGGCAGCUACCACGAUGGCCACAAGGGCCACAGCGGCGAAUCCGGUCACAAGUCGCACCACGACCACAAGGCCGAGUACGAUACCCUGUCCGACAACAAGAAGUACGGUGAACACGAGGCUGCGGGUGGCGACGACUUUUAUUGAGCGGUGACGAUACUUCAAAGUCUAUAAUAUUAUACGCCUGCGCGUGUAUGGUAAUGCGCACGUAUACUUGGUGGAAGCAACCGCUUCGACAGACUUCAGUGGCGUGCCAAGGUGUGGUGGGGGUGGUAUAUCUUAUAUUCCCUCCCUUCAUUGUCCCACAUAUCCCCUUAGAUUUUUUUUGUCUUCGGUAUAUUACCACCACGAUUCAUUUAAAUGUAUAAUUACUUAUAACCCCCCCCCCCCUGUCCAUUGAAAAUUCCAGGGCACUUCACUGACAGACUUACUAAAUAUAUAAAACUUGGUAGCUUAUUUUAUAAUUAUUAUUAUCGUUGUUUUACGCCUACAAUUGUGUGCAGUGUGUCUGUAUAUAAUAGUAUAUACCUACAUAUAUAAUAUUUACCUCUAAGUAUGUUAUUUAUAUAUCUAAAUAAUAUAAUCAUGUUCAGUGUGAUCAUGUUUUAGGUGAACACUACAUUUCUAGGACGGAUUACGUUGAAUUGAAUAGGUACUUUUCUCACAACCUAUAAUGGGACGUACCUAAAUACACAUUAACAUUAUAACUCGAACGUUUCAAGUUUAUUGAUCCUCUCCCACUCGUAUUUUAAUAAUUACCAAUAUCCUAUAUAUUUUUUAAAUCAUAUUUAGGUAGGACUAAGUUAUAGGUUAGGUAAUAAUAAUAACGAAUACUUUUUUCAUAUUUGUUAAGAUGAUUAAAUUCGUUCAUAAUAAAUAGUUUUUUUUUUAUUUGCUAAAAUGUACUAAAUAUAGUGUUUUACUUAAGUAGCAUUAAAUAUUUUAUUUAAAUAUUUAUUUAAAUAUUUAAACUAGAGACGUUACGAAUUGUUCGAUAGUCACCAUUUUAAUCAUUAAAAAAAAAACGGAUUUAAGUUUAAAUUUUAAAUAGCUCUCAUAAUAGGUCAAGUUUGAUAUUAGAAUCAUAGUUAGAAAUUAAAUAUUACUUUAAAAAAAUAGGCCUACCUAAAUACAUGAUAUUAAAAAUAUAUAUUAUAUUAUAUUAUAUUACUCAAUAUUAGAGAUAUUGGCAUAUUGCAUGCGCGUUUUGGAGAGUUAACAAUUUAACGUAAAAUCUUCCGAAAAUUGAGUGCACUCAACAUGUUGAGUACCUGAGAAAACGAUCAUUCUGUUUAAUAUAUUAUGUUUAUAUACCUUUAUACGAGUUAAGCCUUUAAUUAAUUUCUAAAUAUACGCAUGUACAUAUUAUUAUUUUUGUGCAUUUAUCUGUUCAAAAAAAAAUUAUUAUCCUAUAUACCUACCCUAAUUAACAUUCAUUAUAGUAUAAUAUUAAAUUUAAUCAUCAAAAACAGAACGAAUGUGAAUUUCAGCGGUAAACGGUGUGCUUCUAGAUACAAUUAAAUAUAAAUAAAUAAAUAAAUAUUCCUACCGGAUCAAAUAAUAUUAUAUUAUGAUAACGAAUGCAAUUGAACCCGUGAAAAGGAUCGUUAUACAAAAAAACAAAAACCCAAGGCCUCGUUAUUUGACCGCUCUCUGUUUAUAUUUUAUACCCAAUUAUUAAACGACAGUUUAUAAAGCCGUGAUUUAAAAUCCUAUUAUCGAGAUUCUGGAUUGUGUAAUAAAAAAAAAUAUAUAUAAAAAUACGAUUCCAUACACUAUAUUAUUAUACCUAUAUAUAUACCUAAACGAGAUAUACAUUUAUACACGCGCAGUCCUCUCCUUAUAUUUUAUUGAAAAAAAAAAAUGUAUAUUCGGUUUGUAUGGUUCAGAUUUUGUAUAGCCGUAUAGGUAAUUCAUAUACAUAUAUAUAUAUUAUUAUGUAGGUAUAUGAGAUACCUAUUAUACCGAAAUGGACUAUAUCCAACGUAUAAUAGGUAUACGUAUGCGGUUUAAAAAUAAUAAUAAUAAUAAUUUGAAAGAGUUCACACACGCGCCGUAGUGUAGCAUAGCUA